GAAUGGCAUGACUACAAGCUGCGCUGGGACCCUGCCGACUACGAGAACGUCACCUCCAUUCGCAUUCCCUCCGAGCUCAUCUGGCGGCCGGACAUCGUCCUUUAUAACAAAACUGCACCAUGAAGUUCGGGUCCUGGACCUACGACAAGGCCAAGAUCGACCUGGUGAACAUGCACAGCCGCGUGGACCAGCUGGACCUGUGGGAGAGCGGGGAGUGGGUCAUCGUGGACGCCGUGGGCACCUACAACACCAGGAAGUACGAGUGCUGUGCCGAGGUCUACCCGGACAUCACCUACGCCUUCGUCAUCCGGCGUCUGCCCCUCUUCUACACCAUCAACCUCAUCAUCCCCUGCCUGCUCAUCUCCUGCCUCACGGUGCUGGUCUUCUACCUGCCGUCCGAGUGCGGAGAGAAGAUCACGCUGUGCAUCUCCGUGCUGCUCUCGCUCACCGUCUUCCUGCUGCUCAUCACCGAGAUCAUCCCCUCCACCUCCCUGGUCAUCCCGCUCAUCGGCGAGUACCUGCUCUUCACCAUGAUCUUCGUCACGCUGUCCAUCGUCAUCACCGUCUUCGUGCUCAACGUGCACCACCGUUCCCCGCGCACGCACACCAUGCCCGCCUGGGUCCGCCGGGUCUUCCUGGACGUUGUGCCCCGCCUGCUCUUCAUGAAACGGCCGUCGGUGGUCAAGGACAACUGCAGGCGGCUCAUCGAGUCCAUGCACAAGAUGGCCGGCGCCCCGGGCUUCUGGCCCGAGCCCGAGGGGGAGCCCACCCUCACGAGCGCAGCUCAGAGCCAGGGCCCCUCGCCCGCCUCGCCCUCCCCGUCCUCCCGCGGCCCCCUGGACGAGCCGGCCAAGGCCCAGGCGGCCUGCAAGCUGCCCUCGGACCAGGUCCCUGCCCCGCAGCCCUCGGAGGCUGAGAACGGGAGCCCCUGCCCCUCGCCUGAUCCCUGCCACCCGCCCUCCGGCACCCGGGCCCCGGGGCUCGCCAAAGCCCGGUCCCUGAGUGCCCAGCACGUGUCCAGCCCUGCCGAAGCCGUGGAGGACGGCGUCCGAUGCCGGUCUCGGAGCAUCCAGUGCUGCGUUCCCCAAGACGAUGUCGCAUCCCAGGGCGGGGGCCCUGUGGCCGGCUCCCCCGCCUUUCUGAAGGCCAGCUCGGCCGAGCUCCCGCCUCCAGACCAGCCCUCUCCAUGCAAGUGCAGGUGCCAGAAGGAGCCGUCCCCAAACACCGCGCUCAAAGCCCGCGGCACCAAAGCCACGCCCCGGCACCUGCCCCUGUCCCCGGCGCUGACGCGGGCCGUAGAGGGCGUCCAGUACAUCGCAGACCAUCUGAAGGCGGAAGACACGGACUUCUCGGUAAAGGAGGACUGGAAGUACGUGGCCAUGGUCAUCGACCGCAUCUUCCUGUGGGUGUUCGUCCUCGUCUGCCUGCUGGGGACCGCGGGUCUCUUCCUGCCCCCCUGGCUGGCCGGCAUGAUCUAGCGGGACGGGGGCCAGGUGCCCGCAGCCCCAGGUCUGUGCCUGGCUGUCCUAGGGGUUCCUCAACUGCGUGGGGUCACAGCAUUUGCCAGAUUGUCCCCCUGUUUUCUGCCUACUGUGAGACAGCCUUGGAAAGGGUCACUGCACCCCGGGGGAGCCGGUGCUGGCUCGGUCCUGCUGAGACCUGCCUGGGGGGCGGCCGGGCUGGAAAGGACGGCUAGGAAAUGCCUGUUCUUGUCUGGAGGGCGGGUCACCGCCUACGUCUUAUUAAAGUUUAUCUGGAGCAUGGUGACACGUUGGCUUCCUGCCCAGGACACGCGUCCGACCACUCAGCAAGCAACUAGCAGUCCCGACUGUCCCGAGGGCCACGACCUUCCGCCACCGUCAGCCCCCCAUUCCCCUCACCCCUGUGGGAUCACGGAGGCCCGGGCAUCUGCACCCCCACCCACCCACCAGCGUCCUCGGGCUGGCUCUCUUGGCCCCCGCAGAGGCCAGGCAGCAGACUCUGGAAUCCCGUUUGCCAGGGGUGGGUCCAAGCAGGGAUGCUUUGUUUUGUUUUAUUCUGGGCAAAUUAGUGAUAAUGCGAGUUCUGGGCCGGCGUGCGGGGGAGUCUAGCGACAGGCGCCCCAUGGGCACAGGUACCCUUCGCACCAGGGACUCUGGACAUCUGUCUUCCUGGGGUCCUGAGAAGUCCUGGGCAAGCAUUUGCAGACUCCCAGUGGACACGGGUAGUGGUGAAGGUCCCGGAGCAGUGUCCAGUGUCCGGGGUCCCUGCCCGGGCUCUCCCUGACCUCCUGUGGGUCCCCUCUGUACGCAGCCCCUUGGGAGACCCUCUCUGAAGCACAGGUUCGGUGGCCAUGGUGAGGGUCCCCAAGGACACCUUGCCCGGGCUGACUCUGGGACCCUCUGCAGUGUGGUCCCAGAGAAAUGUCCUAUGUGAGGGGCCCCCACAGGCCUCCCAGCCCUGGCUUUCAUCCCGCGGCCGGCACAACCGAGGAGCCACAGCUGGGGGACCCGGUGUCAUUCCCCCCCCUCCCCCACCCCAAGGCAACAUCAAUAGUAUCCCCGUGACCCUGGGGAAACGUUGCCCUGGGGGGGCGUGGGGGGGCACGUGCUGUCCCCGGGCUCUCCCUCUUUCUCCGGAGCCCUUAGGCCCCGAGUGCCGGGGAAAGGAGGGAGGACAGUGUAUUCAGAGGCCACCCAGAGGCCAAGGGGUCUGUUCCUCAUGUUGAUGGUCAAAAUCGUACCUCCGCAGACCCCCUGACUGAAGGGGUGCCAUGUGGCAGGUAGGAGCUGGGCCUGGAGCCCCGCCUGGCCCGCGAGGUCCUGGGUCCGGAGGUACUUGGCGGCCUGGAGAGAAGAGUCACGUUCGGAACCCAGCACAGACCAAGCAUCCGGUCCGAGGACUGGUCGCCGCCCAGGCCCGGUCGCUGGUCCCGGUCGGCCGGUGCCGGGGCACAGCCACACCCUCACCCGCUCUGUGAGGCGCCUGUGACGCGGACCCUGACUGGGGCCGGAAGGUCCUCACGCCCAGGAGCGGGAUAGAGACCCGAGGCUCUGAAUGUCCCGCCCCAUCCGCCCGGCUCUGACCGGCACCUGCCCGCUGGGGGCCGUCCGGGCGGCCUUCGCAAGAGGUGGGUGUCACAUGUCCCCUCAGUCCUGAUGGCGUCGGACCCGGCUCCAGAUGUGCAGCGGUGGUGGCGGGAGGGCCCUGGCGCUGGCCCAGCCGCGGACACUCGUUUUUGGAUCAGGAGAGACCGCGGAGCCGCUGGGACAGAGACGCUGCCUUUCCCAUCCCUGUUUUUGUUUCUUUGUGGAGCUUUUUUGAGACUCAAUAAAUAAUGUCAGAAAAUCACACACAAAAACCUAAGUACCGGGUUCCCCUCACGCCAAAUGAGGGGACGACACACACUAUUUUGUCGUAUUUGCCUCCACGGUUUUGCUUUUGGGAUCGAGGCAGAUUUCACAUGUGACCAAAGUGCACAGUCUCAGCCCUCACCUCGGGGAGUUUUAUUAGACGAGACACCAAGGACCUGGGACUCCGCUCCGCACUCAGGGCGCCAAGGUCGCCCGGAAAGCCCACCGGGCCCCUUCUGGUCGUGAGUGGAGCCCUGCGGCACGGGGUCCACGGGCAUCGCCGAGACCCCUCGUGGUCCUGGGUCUGCCAGUAAACGCAAAGGAGCUGCUCAGCGCUGUUCUCCACCCGAGCAAACGGAAACGCGUUUUCUUGCCCGUCACCUGUGAGCAGACCGUCCUUCCCGUUUUUGAGGAUUAUGGCUCAGGCCGCUGUGACCGCACAGGACCGUGCCCUGAACUCUCUUCGUAUUAACCACGUUCUUAUGUUCUGUAUCUUGUGAUGUUUGGCAUCUUGGGGGCCUGAGGACAGACGCCCCCCAGGGCCAGCCCGUUUUGGGGGUGGUGGAC